UAGCAGGGCCGCCAUUUUUGCAAAGGGAAAAGAGACUGGUCUGAGGGGAUCUAAUUUCUAAAAGUCGCCGUUCACUAAGGCACAGUUUUAACGGUUUCUCGUUGAUUUUUUAGUCCAAAUUUGGGCUCCCGUGAACAACAAGAGGCAGCGGAUUUUUCAAAGGAAUAGACUGUAGAGGACUCGUUGAUAUACAAACAUUUUAAAGCUUUGCUAGGGAUCCGCAGUGUGGACACAAGUAUUGUUUUGGUUGUGGAGUCUGUGUGGAAAGCGACGGGGGUCUCACCCAGGUCCCCCUUUUCGCUACUGAGAUCCUCCAGAGUGGACAUAAAAAGGCCUUGUGGAUGCACUUAGAUGUCUGCAAUGUCUGCUGUGGCUGGUAUGCCUCAGUGUUUUGGACUCCCUUUCUCUGGACUCAGUAGGACAAGAACUGAUCAGCAGAGAACGUCAUGAGCAUAGUCAUCCCAGUGGGGGUGGACACAGCAGACACCUCAUACCUGGACAUGGCGGCAGGCUCAGACAGACCAGAAUCAGUGGAGGCCAGUCCUGUGGUCGUGGAAAAGUCCAGCUACCCACACCAGAUCUACAGCAGCAGUUCUCACCAUUCCCACAGUUACAUUGGCCUGCCUUAUGCUGACCAUAAUUAUGGGGCGCGGCCCCCACCUACGCCACCGGCCUCCCCUCCUCCCUCCAUGUUGAUCCGACAAGUAGAGGGAGGGUUGUUUGUACCAGGGGGGCAGGACGACGCUUCCAGGGGAACCACGCUCAGCACGUCGGAGGAUGGAAGCUACGGCGCCGACAUCACCCGCUGCAUCUGUGGAUUCACCCACGAUGACGGCUACAUGAUCUGCUGUGACAAGUGCAGCGCCUGGCAACAUAUAGACUGCAUGGGCAUCGACAGGCAGAACAUUCCUGAGACCUAUCUGUGUGAAAGCUGCCAACCACGACAGUUGGACAAGGAGAGGGCCAUCCUGCUCCAGACCAGGAAACGUGAAUGUUUGUCUGAUGGCGACACAAGUGCUACAGAGAGUGGAGAUGAGGUGCCGCUAGAGCUGUACUCCACCUUCCAACACACGCCCACCACCAUCACCCUGACGACUACUCGCCUCGGCCAUAAACAGACUGAUAAAAAGCGUAAAAAGAGUGGAGAAAAGGAGCCUCCGGCAUCUUCUGCACGAGCUAAGAAGGCCUUUCGCGAGGGGUCGAGAAAGUCCUCGAGAGUAAAGGGCGCAGCUCCAGAGCAGGAGCCAACAGAGCACCCGUCUCUGUGGGAAAACAAGAUCAAGACGUGGAUGGAGCGGUACGAGGAGGCCAGCAGCAAUCAGUACAGCGAAGACGUCCAGGUCCUCUUACGUGUUAAGGAGCAAGGCGACGGCAAAAGUCUCGCGUACAACACACACCCUGCCUCUUUCAAACCACCUGUGGAGAGUCAAGUACAGAAGAACAAGAAGAUCCUCAAGGCGGUGCGAGACCUGGCCCCAGACUCGCUCAUCAUCGAGUACCGGGGAAAGUUCAUGCUUCGACAGCAGUUCGAGGCCAAUGGUUACUUCUUCAAGAGGCCGUACCCAUUUGUAUUAUUUUAUUCCAAAUUUGAUGGGGUGGAGAUGUGUGUGGACGCCCGCAGCUUCGGCAACGAAGCGCGUUUCAUUCGUCGCUCCUGUACUCCCAACUCUGAGGUGCGGCACGUCAUCGAGGACGGCAUGCUCCAUCUGUACAUCUACUCACUGAGGCCAAUCACUAAGGGCACAGAGAUCACCAUUGGCUUUGAUUUUGAUUAUGGCAGCUGUAAAUACAAGGUGGACUGUGCCUGUGUGAAGGGGAACCAGGAAUGCCCCGUGCUCAAGCACAACUUGGAGCCCACAGAGAACUUGGCCUCAGUAGGCCGGCGUCGCGGGAGUCGUAAGGACAAGGAGAUGGUGCGGGACGACCUGGGCCAGAACCAGAACAUGGGUCUGGACGGCGAGGGGAGGAGCAAGAGUGUAGGCGACGGCAAACAGAGAAAACUUUCUCCCCUCCGCCUCUCCAUCUCAAACAACCAGGAUCCUGAGUUAUAUGAGGAUCUAGAAGACAAAACCUCCGUUAGCAAUGAAGUAGAGAUGGAGUCAGAAGAGCAGAUUGCAGAGAGGAGGAGGAAGAUGGCCAGCCCAGCGGAGCAGUCCCAUCUCCCUGUCGGGGCGGCUUCCAGCUGGAAGGGACUGAAACACAAGGAGACACGAGAAGAGAGGAAAAUGGAGGCCAUCCUGCAAGCCUUUGCACGCAUGGAGAAGAGAGAGAAGCGCAGGGAGCAGGCCCUGGAGCGGAUUGGCAGUGUCAAGACGGAGGUCGGAGGUCGCAGUGACAUCAAGGAGGAGCCUCCAGCGACGCCCGAGGCGGCAGAUUCUCCAGUCGUCAUGCAGCCUCUUCUGGAGGUGAAGGAGGAGCCAGGAUUGAAGCCGGCAAAGGUGAAAGGCUCGAGGAACAGGAAGAGUUUCUCAAGGAACCGCACACACAUCGGCCAACAGCGCCGGCGAGCUCGCACCAUCAGCACCUGCUCCGACUUACCUCCAGCCUCUCCCACUGAGUCUGUGGAGCCUCUGACCAAUGACGUCUCUGAGGGAGACACGCCCACUGCACCAGAGCCAGAGGCCAUUUGUGCCCAAGCACCAGACAGCAGCCCCCCUCACAGCGGCUCACCUGCACCUGAGAGACAGCGCAAAAACUUCAAAACUAAAAAGCACUUUGUCAGUGAGUGGGUGGGAGAGAAGCAGCAGGAUCGUGUUGCAGUGCGGACCCCUGAACCGGCCCCUGAGAGACCCCUGAGAAUAAGCAGCGACCCCGAAGUUCUCGCCACGCAGCUGAACGCCUUACCGGGCAUGGCCUGCUCGCCGCAGGUCUACAGCACGCCCAAACACUACGUCCGCUUCUCGUCCCCGUUCCUGGCAAACCGCAGUCCCACCACUCCUGGAGUCCCCACAGGAAGACGGCGGUCCAGAGAACUGCAGGAAACACUGCCAUCUACAGGCUCCUGCAAGAAGCGAUGGUUGAAGCAGGCUCUGGAGGAGGAGGGCUCCACCAGCCCGGCCAGACGCCCGAGCCUCUUCAUGCCCAGUGAAGGUUCUCUCAGCCCGUCCAUCAACGGAGACUCUGACAGUCCUCUGCCCUACAACGGCACCUGCUUGCUGCCAGAGUUGCCGACUCCUUUGAAAAAGCGUCGCUUGUGUCCGUUGGACGCCUGCAUGUCUGAGAGCUCCACGCCCUACGGCUCUCCUUGUGCCACGCCCACAAGGACGGACCCGGCCGAGACGCCAUCGACGCCCGUCUUGCUGGCCACUCCCCCGCGCCCCCGGACGGACGAGUCCAGUACAGAACACUUACCCAGCACACCAACACAGACACUUAGUGCUCCUCCGGAGAGUGAAUCUUCAGGGGAGAGUUCACCGGAACUCAGCCGGAAACCCAGUGUGCAAGAGGCUGAUCGGCCUCCAUCGUUAGCCACCUCCCCGUGCAUCAGGGCUCCCGGCUCAGACGGACCCCCGACAGAACCCAAGGUGUCGGUUCCGGAGAGUCCACAGCCUCCAGCAGCAGAGUCCAAGGACUGCGGCGAGGACCGAGCCGACGGUGGAGUUGUUGAAGGCAACAGCAGCGAGACGUCCUCGUCUACAGAGACUUCCUCUUUCCCCGGCUGGAUCAAAAGCCCGGAGAGAGGCCCGACUGGAACAGCUGGCCUGAACUUCUCCCCAGUCAACUCAAACUUAAGGGACCUCACCCCGUCACACACCCUGGAGCCUCUGGCGGCUCCGUUCAGGCCCGAGGCUGCAGCUGGGACUGCAGCGGUGUCCACAGCAGGCACGGGGCCGUUGGUUAGCCCUCAGCCCACCUUCAGUGAAGGUCAGGGGCAGCUGUUUUACCCCUGCCCCGAGGAGGGAGGCUCACUCGGGUUCUCACGCUCACUGAACGGGGAUGGCACCGGCGAGGCUGGAGGAUCAGCGCAGAACCCUCCACAGAAGAAGAAGGUUUCUCUGCUCGAGUACAGAAAGCGUCAGCGUGAAGCUCGUCGCAGCGGCUCCAAGAACGACUGCAGCUCUCCUGUUUCCACCGUGCCGCCUCUGACCGUCGAUGCCUUUCCUGUCGCUCUCGAGGCCGCCAGCGAACCCCCCCCACCUCCUGCUCCCACAAUGCCCUGCUGCAGCAGCAGCAGCAUCAAGGACCUGCAAACUCCAGAAGAGGCAGAGGCUGCUGCAGAGAGAGGAGAGAAGGAUGGAGAAGGACAGUGGACGUCCUCGACCUCUGUGGAGCAGGCGCGUGAGCGGAGCUACCACCGAGCUCUGCUGCUCAGCAAGGACAAGGACGGAGAUGGUGAAACAGAGGGCGGAGAAACACCUGCAGCGAGAGACUGUCCAUCACCCGGUCCUCAGCAGACGCCCACCCACGCUCCCGGCUCUCCUGGUGCUCUCGCUCAGACUCCUGGUCGCUCAGUGAAGGAGGAAGACGCUGACGCUCAGCCUCGGACGCCUAAUCCCACCAAUCAGCCGCCGAGCAAGCCUGCAGGACCCAAGCCGGCUCCUCUGACCCCCACCAAGCUGCACCCGACGCCACUCCCCUCGUCUCCGGUCCACUUUCCCGGUUCCUCUCUCCUUCACUCUCCCAAGCCCCAACCUCAAGGCUCCCCGUACCGCAGCCAGAGGGCGCUGUUCACUGCGCAGCCUCAGAACCAGCCCCAGGUUCAGGCUCAGGCUCAAACUGGUCCCACUCCUUUCCCCCAGUAUAACUCUCAGAGUGCUCCGCCCCCGCCUCCUCCUCCUCCUCCUGCUCCUCUGGCCUCCGCAGCGUAUUUUCCCACGCAGAGCCCCUCGCCUGCUGGACCCUUUCCCGGGUUUAAACCCUCCGUCAAUCCUCCGUACCCUCCCGGUUCUCAGCCCCUGAUGCAAACUCUUUCCCACACCAUGCACUAUCAGAGCUCAGCGGCUCCGCCUCCACCCCCGCCUCCCCCUCCUCACCCAAUGCCCGGCCCCACUCUGCUGCACGUGAACCUGCAGCCUCCUCCCCUCCAGCAGCAUCCGCUCAUGAUGGCUGCCGUGCCUCCCCCGCCCCCUCCCCCCCAGGCACCUUGCUGUCUGCCUCCGCCUCCUCCCCCGCCUCCCCCGCCGUCGUCUAACCCCUCGAUGCAGCCACACCACUUUCAGAACUUGGGGGGGUUUCAGCCGACGCUGAUGCACCCAGGCGCCGCUGUCAAUCCUUCGUUGCCCCAGUCACGUACCCCCGCCCUUCAGCAGACCGGACUGCCUCCGCCCCCACCUCCCCCCCAACAGACUCAACAAGGCCAGGUCCAGGCCACCGCCUCCCAGAUGCCGUCUGGGACCCGCGGAGCUCCUGCGUCCUCGACCCCCUUCCACAGCUCGGGGUACCUUAGUACGGGGUGGCACUGAGCGCCCCAAACCCCCCUGAGACAGCCCCUGAGAACUCACCCUGAGCAAGGGGGGCGUGUACCAUAAGCUGUAGAUAUGUUUUCUAUACGUACCUGAACACAUGGCCAGUGGAAAAACAGCUGAUUGUGGGAUAAAAGGGUACUUUUUAAAAAUAAAAAAACAGGACAGAAAAUUUUAGAAAAAAAGGACGAUGACGACGAUCUGAAAAAAACCAAGAUGGACGACCCUUCCCUCCCCUCGGUGCUCGUAGUCGCUCUCUGGACUCCUCGUGUUUUUAUAUUCCUGCUCUGUUGUGUGUCAUGUUUGAUUCACGUUUUAACGCCCGCACUUUGUUCAUUAUCGACAUUCCAGCCUGUCCCGACACCACCUUCCUCUCCUCCUCCCCCUCCUCCUCCCCCUUUAUCCUCUCUCUGUCAUGUAUUUGUUUAAUUCUAGCAGCUCAUUAUAGCAAAGAAAGCUUUUUGUAUAGAGAAAAAACCCCACAUAUUUUUUUUAUUCCUCUGUCUAACAACAAAUAUCUGUUCACCGCUGCAGAUCGAGUGAAAACCUGCCUCGCCGACGCCCGAGGCUGCACUCGCGUGUGUGUGUGUGUGUGACUGUGUGUGUGUGUGUGUGUGUGUGUGUGUGUGUGUGUGUGUGUGUGUGUGUGUGUGUGUGUGUGUCGUCGCCGUUGUCGUCGUCGUCUUCUGAAGUAGGCAGAGUGGUCUCGCCCACAGUUAGGACGUUAGCGGUUUAUUUUUGAAUAUCAAUGGUUCUUUGUAGAAAGUGUAAUUUAAUGUAUAGGUGGUUAAUCCGACUUUCACCAGGAACAGGUUGUAAAUAUUUGCUUCUUUUCUUUUCUACGCUUGUACAAUUCGCUCCCAUCCCAUUUUGAACUCUUGUUGUAAAUAUGAACGCUCUUCUUGGCAAAGCUGAAUGUUUCUGUGACUGUAGCAUUAUUAUUUUUAUUUUUAUUUGUUUUCCUCCCUUCUUCUCUGGACUGUUGGACUUUGUCCUCCUUUUUAUUUUUAUUAUUUGUGUGUGAGUGUAUGUUUGUGUGUGUGGAGGCGAGAGACUCACAGACACUGCACUGGUUGGCUAUUUUCAUGGUUCAUUAUAAUAAAUCACUGUAAUGACAGUUUUAUACCA